AUGUUCGCGCGGUCGCUAUGUUCUGCGCCCAGGUCCUGCCCGAGCUGCGAAGUCCCUCUGAAAAAGGUUCUGAACGGCUAUACUGGCAUGAUGAUCGCGGUGCCCGGCGAAGCCGUCUACGAGGCAGCGAUGAGCGCCAAACGCGUCAACCCGUCGCUAGAAGUGUUCAGUUUUACGCUGAGAGUAGACUGGGGGUACAACUGGGUUGAGGCCACUGCUUCUUUCGAAUACGUUCCCUUCCAGCCUUACUUUUCAGUGGUGGACGGGACCGUCUGGAAAGUUAAAAACGAUGAAAAGCGGUUCAGCUUCACUAUCGGCGCCUACGCGUGCGCUUCCUACGCAAAAACGACAAAGUGGAUUCUGCAAAGCGACGACGAUCCCAGGCCAGCAGAAGAACUCCUAGAGAUCGUCGAAAAUCCACGCGACACACAGUUCACGGUCUCUCUGUCUCCGCAGUCUCUCAUUCCGGGCGGCAAGUACUUCAUCACUUUGGAGGUUUCAUACGUUGAGGCUCCAACUUAUAAAGGAUCUACGACUGUGGAGAUUGACGUCGAGGGCCCUCGCUAUCCGGUAGCGCACCUCCAGAUGCCGGACUUCGUCGAGGCGUGUGACGCGAUGGUGAUCGAUGGAUCAUCAUCGAGAUCUGGGGCGCCUGACGGAGAGAUAGAAACCAUCUGGCAGUGUCUCUCGGGAUGCAGUGACGCAGUCAACGACCUGCUCAGGAGACAGGAGAAUCGACUGAUGUUCACUGUCGAUCCCGACCUUGUGUUUGCUCUGGCGAAAGCCCUCCGCGAAGCAGACACGGGCAACAGCACCUUCCUCCUUCAGAUCCAACUGACCGUGACAAACUCGUACAGAGUCACAUCUACCGCAACAAGCAGCACCCGCAUUGCUGCGCAUCUGAAGCCUCCGGAGAUCAGCACGCUGACGCCGGCGCGAGACGUCAUUUCUCACAAAGAGCCGUACGCGAUGAAUCUGGAGGGCACUUUCUGCCCGGUCGCGUCAACUGGAACGAACCUGCGACUCGACAUACGCUGGACAAUCCGGUCUAGCCAAGACACGCGCGACGUGAGCCAGCUCUUGGAACUCAGCGACAACGGCCUCAGCGGAAGGUUUCCUGCCUACAGCUUGAAGCCCGCGGCGACCUACGACGUGAACGUGGCGGUCGCCUACCUCGACGACCCUCGCGUCAAGAGCUACGCGUCCUUCUUCCUCGAAGUCCGCCAAGCGCCCGGAUCGCCCCCGGAAAUCAGACUCAAGUACCCCAAGCUAGCGCGGAACUGCGAAUCCAUCACGCUGGACGCUACAGGGACAACCUCAUCUGCUUCCGAACCUGCUCUGGUCGCCCGCUGGAAGUGCGCAACCGAAGACUGCCCAGAGGAGUUUGCACAGAUCAUCGCAGCUGAGAGGAGCCUUGCACUAGUUAUUCCAGACGAUGUUGUCUACAAAGCCAUGCAGAAGCUCCAGAGCGAUCCUGCGUCACCGGAAAGCAUUACGGUGACGGUUUCCCUCGAAGUCGAGGACCGAGACAUGCGGGCAUCGACAGAAGUUGAGAUUGAGUGGUCAGUCUCCCCCGACCGGAAGCCUUUCAAGCUCCACGAACUUGUUCAAGUGUCACCGGACCAGCCCCCGCUCUGGGCGGCGACCAAGCCAGAUGUGCUGAUUCGGGGCCUUGCCUACGAGUUCACCGCGCGGGCGUUCUACCAAGCAACUCCAAAUCUGUCGAACUCGGUUACGUUUCGUGUGGUAACUGACGCAGCCGGAACUCUCGCGCCCUCACUCUCGCUGACCGGGUCGCCGACCAGCGUCCUGUCGGCGUGCGAAGGCUUUUCGGUUGCCAGCGCAGCGUCAUCCGGCAUCCCCGACGACAAAACUCUCGACACAUACUGGCUCUGUCUCGACCCCGAAUGCCCCGCCGACUACUUGCAAUUCCUGAAGGGCCAGUCGGAUGCCGCGGAGCUUCUCGUCCCUGCCUCCAUGGUCUACACACUGUCGAGAGAGAAUCGCCAGAGGCAUCCUGAGGCCAACACUUUCCUUCACACUAUCGGCGUGAUUGUCAUCAACUCGGACCGUCGCCAUGCCACAGGCUCCGUCCACAUGGAGAUAGAGAACUUCCCGACGCCUCCCAGCAUGCAACCCGCAGGACCGCUAGACUUCCAUAUCAAGUCUACAGAGUCAGUCACAAUGGCGGUCGCUCCAACAUACUGCGUCCAUGCGGAUGACGCCACAUUCAUGUGGGAGAUAUCCAGCGACUUCGAGAACAGACCCUCGAGCGAACUACUUACAAGAAGUCCAGACGGGCACAGAGCGACGGUGAACGCGGGAAAGCUUCUCGAUGGAGUUACAUACACAGUUACAGUCUCUUUGACGUAUGGAGACCUCCCGUCGUCCGCCUCUCUUCCCUUCGAGAUCAAUGUUGCCCCCCCUGAAAACCCGAGGGCCGAGCCAACCGCAGCUGUCACUGGACCUUCUGGCAUUCAAGGCACAUGUGAGUCAUUCGAACUGAGUGGCGCAAACUCGCAAGCCCAUACCGCUGAUGGCAUGCUGCUGCCAAGCUGGAACUGCCUCGGACAGUGCCCGAGUACGUUUGUGAAAGCGGCAAGGGCAGCAAAAGAGCUUACCCUCACAAUGUCCGCUGCGACGGUAUACCAGGCUGUGAAAGAAUAUAAAGAGAGGAACCCUAUUGUUACCACAUUUGAAGUCGAAUUCGAGUUGACCGUCACCGACUCACAGCAGAAGGCAGCUCGAGGGACUACCACCGUAACUUUGCAAAGCUCUCCCGACCCUCCCGUACUCCGAGCAACGUCAAACCAGGCACUACAGACAGGAACGCACGAAACAGUCAUCUUGAGUGCCGAAGUGGAGUACUGCGAGCAUGCGAGAACAGACAUUUCCUCUGGCCUGCUUAUCGAGUGGAGGUCGACAAGUACUGAUCCUCGGCCUUUCGAGGAUCUAUUCGCCCUGUCCAACGAUCAGUUGACAGCGACAGCGGAGCCACUGUCACUUAACGCAGGAACUGAGUAUUCCUUUAAACUCACGGUGGCGUAUGAGGGGGACACGAAGAAGAGCCAGCGGCUCGAAUACACAGUGCAAGUUCAGAGAGAAUCUCUAUUUCUGAACUUCGUCGUGGAUGCCCUGUCUGCGCCCCAAAACACGUCACCCACGAUCACUGAAGAUGGCGGCUCCCAACAAUGA